GGUUUUUCAGUCACCGCCGAGUGGCCUAAGACUACCCACAUGCUGGCCUGAAGACCACCCAUCAACCCGGGUUCUAGAUAACCUCUCCAAAGAGAGGCUCAAAGAUGAGUUCCGGGGGGCACCAUGAGCUAACACAAGAUAGCGCCACUAUAAACACUCGCCUGCGCCAGAACGGGCUGGGCCGAUCAUCAGGCCCCACCGGGAAGAAGCCUUGGGCCGACCAUCAGGUCUCAACGGGAAGAAGCCUUCCGGCGCCAUAGGCCGCGACGUAUAAAAAAAAAUUAAAAAGAUCCUGGAAGGCUUGAAUCCGCACUCCAAAAUCGCGAACCACGUAGACGGGUCCUGAGCAGAAGAGUGGUGCUCUGAAGGACACCGCUGUUGUAGAGGAAGUUGUCGUCGUCAGGCAUGGUAAAGUCGAACGGUGUGGAGAUGGGCAAAAGGCACUGGCGUAAACGCGCCGGGGGCCACGGCAGUCCGAGAGAGCGUCGAGGGAACUGCGUGUGAAGGCGCUAGCUGCCAGCGUGCCAGGGGCCACAGCAGGUUGAGGAGUGAGGGGCGCUAGCAUGUGCCAGGGGCCGCGGCAGUCCGUGAGAGUAAAACGAACUGCGUGUAAUAUAGGCGCUGGCGCGUGCUAGGGGCCUCGGUGGCUCGGGGAGCGAACCAGUGUCCAAGAAGGCACUGUAACACAACACUGUACACUUAGUAGGUAACACUGUGCCACUAAUUGUUGGGGGGGACUUGCUGCACUGAACUGUUGGAGACACUGCACUGUACAUGAGGAUCCACAGGAGAAGGGUAAUCCAAAACGGCGGUGAUAAAUCCAAAAGGCGAUGAGUAAUCCAGGGGGCAGCUAGUAAUCCCAGUGGGGUGUCACACUGUGUUUGCGUGUCUCUCUGAGUCUGUGUGGCGUGUACACUGAGUCUGUGUGGCGUGUACACUGAGUCUGUGUGGCUCUGUGUGUCUCAGUAAUGUGUCGCACUGUGUUUGAAUGUUCACAGAAUCUGUGUAGUGUCACACGGUGUACGUGUCUCAGUCGCCGUACCAGCGGGAGGGCAGGGAGAAGGAGGGGUGGGGGUGGGUGGGUGGGUGAGCGGUGGGGUUUGGAGCACCAGGGGGCACAGAAGGUGCCUGAAGGGCGUAGAAGGGGCCUGGAGAGAGGGCACAGAGGGUGCCUGGAGGAGGCGCUGAAGGUGACUGGAAGAGGCGCUGAAGGCGCCUGGGGACAGGGCACAGAGGGUGCCUGGAGGAGGCGCAGAAGGCGCCUGGAGGGAGGGCACAGAGGGUGCCUGGGGGAGGGCGGGGGAGAACCCUGAAGGUGGCAACUACGCCCACGGCGUAAUGCUGUUCCUGACCUGGGGCUCAACCUCACGAACCCCAAGAGAAUUUUGAGGUUUAUUGCCCCAGGAGAGGGUAGACGAAUGGAUCAUUUCAGACCCAGGUCUACCGCUCUGGGAAAGAGUGCAAUUAUAAACGGCACCGGUUUACAAGCCACCUUGAACCAUAGCAACACUGCAGGGUCACCAAUUGUUGGCGGUAGUGAGUGUUCCGAGUGCUAAUCGGUUCACGGAUAGAGAAAGUCAAUAUCCGUCAGGGUUGCUUUAUUGACAAAAAUCACACAGGUCAUGGACAUAUACAUGACACAUAAAAGAGGUGGUUGAGUGUGUAUGUGUUUGUGAAGAUGUAGUGUAGUGUGAAUGACAUUGGAUUGUGCGUGUAUGUAGUAAACAAUAUAUAUGAGUUAACAAUAGAAGGACGAGGACGGACAGUAGAAGAUAAACGAGUAACAAGAGAAGUUAACAUUGAUGAUGCAACACGGACAACAGGGAGACGAGACAGCGAUAAUGAAAAUACAUAGACGGCACAGGAGAUACAAGAAGAGGGAAGCCGAAAAACAUUGACACGAAUACACUUAACGAGUCUUUGCUGCAGCGCCACAUUUUCUUGGGUCACCGGGGAAGCAGAGCACACGGCUUUCAGCGGUGGCUGCUACAAGGUAACCAUCUUUGCGCGUGUGUUCAAGAUUGGCUCACAGAUAGACAACAGCGUGUUGUUCUCAAUGGUGAAGCAUCCUAUCGGCAACCUGAACCAGUGGCGUGCCCCUAGGAUCGGUCCUGUAGCCACCACUAUUCAUAGUUUACAUGAACGAUCUAAAGACUGGUAUCCUAUCAAAUGUAGCCAAAUUCGCCGACGACACCAAAUUAGGAGGUACGGUAACGAACAGUAAAAAUUGCGAGAAUAUUCAAUCAGACUUAAUAAAAAAGACAUGAGCUCAGCGAGGUAAAACAACAAAAAGAUCUUGGUGUCAUUAUCAGUAACACUUAAAAUGAGCCAUCAUGUACAGCGGCGAGUAAAAAAAGUCAAUAUGAUGUCCGGUUUAAACUCAAGAAACUUUGAUUAUAAAUCACCCGAACUUAUGAAGAGAUUAUAUUCAGCAUUUGUAAGACCACACCUAGAAUAUGCCGUCCAGUUUUAGCCACCGAAUUAUAUCAAAGAUCAAGAUUUGCUAGAAAGGAUACAGAGACGGAGCAACCAAACAAAUUCCGGAGUUCCGUAACUUAAAGCGUUUUAGUAUGUUUUCCUUAAAAAAGCGAAGGGUAAGGGGAGACUUAAUCGAAUUGUUCAAAAUCCUUAAUAGAUUCGAAAACAUUAACCCAGACAGUCUAUUUCAGAGAGACCACAACACGCAGCAACGGUAUAAAGUUAAAAGGCCACAGAUGUAAAACAUUGGUGCGUGGCUGAGUGGUAGCAUGCUGGGCCCACAUUCACCGCGUGAUGUACGACACGGGUUCGAAUCCCCACGUUACCACCUCGGAUUUUUCAGUCACCGCCGAGUGGCUGAAAACUACCCACAUGCUGUCCCGACUGUCCUGAAGACCACCCAUCAACCCGGACUCUAGAGGAAACCGUCCAAGUGAAUCAUGAACGAGUUACGGGGGGCAGCAUGAGCCAAGAGAAGAUGGCGCCACUAUAAACACCUGCUUGCCCCAUGACGGGCUGGGGCCGACUACCAUCCAUGCCCUUCAAGCAAGCCUACUGGCGCUAUAAGCGUACACGUAAAAAAAAAUAAAGUUAUUUCAUUAUUAGAGUCGUCGAUCACUGGAAUAGACUCCCGCCGGCAGUAGUUAGCUCAGAGAGUAUAGAUAGCUUCAAGUCUUCAUUGAAUAAGUACUUCAGGCUUAUAGGAUUUUACUAACCCUUUUUUGUAUAUUUCAGACACACAACAGUACGGCUCCAACCUGAAGAUUUAACGUGUUAACAAUUUCCCCCACAGCUUAGGUCACCAGUAGCGUAAGUUCAGGGUAGUAAUUUCCUCUUAUUUUUCUCUUUCCUGUAAAAAUUUCCAUGUCCUUUUCUUCCUUAAAGGCGCAUGGUGUUCUCUUCUAACUAUUUCCUGCCGGCACGUUGCCGGAGGGAGAGGUGGGGGGGGGAGCCUUCGCUAUUCUAUCCUGUCCUACCAGUACCACACGUAGAUUACUAUUAGUAGAGGUAGCAGACAGACACCCUCGCCAUGGAUCGCCAGGCCUUCUGGUGUCUGUUCUUCCUAUGUAUUAGCAUCACUCCGGUCUUGAUAUAUUUACCAGAUAUUUGUCUACUUGCAGUAGAUGCAAUAGAUAAGGCCUGCACAACAAGUUACUAUACUGUGCAGUCCCAUUCUCUGACAUGCAAUUGGUGCAGUUUAUCUUAUUUAUCACAUUUAUUGAAAUAUAAGGAGUGAAGGUUAUUUCAUUUAUCCCAUUUACUGUCAUACAAGGUGCACGUUAUUUCAUUUAUCAGAUUUACUGUCAUACAAGGAGUACAGCUUAUCUCAAUUAUAACAUAUACUGACAUAUAAGGAGUGUAGGUUAUCACAUUAACUUACAUACAUGGAGUAUAGGUUAUCACAUUUAUCACACAUACUGACAUACAAUGAGUGCAGGUUAUCACAUCUACUUACAUACAUGGAGUAUAGGUUAUCACAUUUAUCACACAUACUGACAUACAAUGAGUGCAGGUUAUCACAUCUACUUACAUACAUGGAGUAUAGGUUAUCACAUUUAUCACACAUACUGACAUACAAUGAGUGCAGGUUACCUCAUUUAUCACAUUUACUGACAUACAAGGGGUGUAGGUUACCUCAUUUAUCACAUUUACUGACAUACAAGGGGUGCAGGUUACCUCAUUUAUCACGUUUACUGACAUACAAGGGGUGCAGGUUACCUCAUUUAUCACAUUUACUGACAUACAAGGGGUGCAGGUUACCUCAUUUAUCACAUUUACUGACAUACAAGGGGUGCAGGUUACCUCAUUUAUCACAUUUACUGACAUACAAGGGGUGUAGGUUACCUCAUUUAUCACAUUUACUGACAUACAAGGGGUGCAGGUUAUCUCAUUUAUCACAUUUACUGGCAUACAAGGGGUGCAGGUUAUCUCAUUUAUCACAUUUACUGGCAUACAAGGGGUGCAGGUUAUCUCAUUUAUCACAUUUACUGGCAUACAAGGGGUGCAGGUUAUCUCAUUUAUCACAUUUACUGACAUACAAGGGGUGCAGGUUAUCUCAUUUAUCACAUUUACUGACAUACAAGGGGUGCAGGUUAUCUCAUUUAUCACAUUCACUGGCAUACAAGGGGUGCAGGUUAUCUCAUUUAUCACAUUCACUGGCAUACAAGGGUUGCAAGUUAUCUCAUUUUAUCACAUUUACUGCCAUACAGGGGAUGAAGGAACAAACUUUCAAAAUUCAUGCAUUUUUCAAAUGCAAAACAUUUGUCAUCAGAUUAAGAUUAGCUCAACCUUUCCUUUUACUUAGUUUUGUAAAAAUGAAAACUAAAAUAUUGAUUGGGACAGCUCCUGACAGGAAGGCGGCUGCUGAUGCGGAACCGUGUUAA